AUGAGCACAACUUCUCUUCUAUUCAGCAUAAUACAGGCUGUGAAGCCGCCUGCCUUGGUGAUCACGGGGAAAGAGGGCGAGCUUCGAGUGUUUGGCACAAACGUAGUAGAUGUGCACAUUUCCGCCAGCGGCUCGGGCAUAUCAAGCAGGCUAAAUAGAACUGUGGAGGUGCGGACGGUUGAGUUCCAGAAGGUUCUUAAAGAGUGCAGGCUGUUCUCGGACAUACAGUUCAGCAGAUCCUCGCAGGCAGCGAAGCUGUGCAUUGCGCAGGAUGCGUACAAGCUGCAGGUAGAGUGCGCCGUAAAGGACGCCGAGGAAAUAAAGCCGCCUGCACUGAACGCAGAAAUCAUAGUGGACUUAGACACGCGGCUUUUGAGGAGGGUUGUGACAAAAGAUGCGCACUCGAUAGAGAUUCGGCUCGAUCCGGAGAGCGUGCGGAUAAAAGUAAACGGAGUAAUAAAGGUGGAGGCGCACCAGAAGUCUGCAAAUUACAUUCGGAAGAAAGAAAAAUCGCAUGUUUUUAUCAUUCCAGCAGAGGGGUUUUUAAUUGUAUCUAAGAUAUGCCAUCUUGAGCCAAAUCGGGUCUUAAUGGGGGUGGUGAAUAGUGUCUCGAUCUUCUACCUGUACUUUGCAGAGGCCACUGUGAUAUGCUAUGCAGCGGGGACGCUUCUGCAGGUGUAG